CGGCUCUGCGGCGGCGGCCGCCAUCUUGUGUCUGGGACCGAAGCAGCCCGUAGAAGGGCUGAGACUCCAGGCGCCGGGGCUGGCCUUAGGCGGCGGCAAGGGCACUUCAUUAAGCUCGGAACGGCGACGGAGACUGCAGCGACUGCGGUGAUCGGGCCCCGGGGAACAGGCCUUGGUAACGGGCCUGCCUCCAGGGCUGCCGGCCACCCCUUUCCCCCUCCCCGAGAUCUUCCUUCUCACUCCCCAUCUGCCCCGAUCUCCCCUUAUUCGCCUCGUCUACCUAGAUCUUUCCUCCCCCCCUUCCAUUGCUCUGAUCUUGCCUUCCUCCCCAGCUGCCUUCUCCCCCCCCUCCACCCCCUGCUGCGAUUUCUCCACCCCCCAGAGGGCGGGGCUACCGCUCAGUCAGCCCCACCCGGGAUUCUGCCCGAGGGGUGGGGCGGGGCCCUGCCCGAGGGGUGUGUGUGUGUGUGUAUGUAUGUAUUUUGGGGGGCAGGCGGGCUCCUGCCUUCCUUUCUUCAUCCGGGGGCUUUGGAUCGGUGAGCUGGUGGAGGCUGCUGGAGAUUAGGCAAAAGAGCACCUUGGACAGCGCCUCCCUUUCUUCAGUUCCCCUCCCCCAAGCCUUCUUGUUCUCCUUGUGGUUUGGAGCCUCUUUGACCAGCACCAGGGAGUGGUAGAAGAGGCCCAGAGGAAAGAUAGAUGUCCAGCUCGCCGCUGUCCAAGAAGCGUCGCGUGUCCGGGCCUGAUCCAAAACCAGGUUCUAACUGCUCUCCUGCCCACCCUGUUCCCUCUGACGCACCCACUGCACCUGCCAACGGAAUGGCCAAGAACGGGAAUGAGGCAGAUAUCGACGAGGGCCUGUACUCCAGGCAGCUGUAUGUACUAGGCCAUGAUGCCAUGAAACGACUUCAGACCUCUAGUGUCCUAGUAUCUGGUCUCCGGGGCCUGGGAGUUGAGAUUGCCAAGAACAUCAUCCUUGGUGGGGUCAAAGCUGUUACCCUACAUGAUCAGGGUGCUGCCCAGUGGGCUGAUCUCUCUUCCCAGUUCUAUCUUCGAGAAGAAGAUGUGGGCAAGAACCGGGCAGAGGUUUCACAACCCCGUCUGGCUGAGCUCAAUGCCUAUGUUCCCGUCUGUUCCUACACAGGGCCUCUCACUGAGGACUUCCUCAGCAGCUUCCAGGUUGUUGUCCUCACCAACUCUCCCCUGGAGGAGCAGUUGCGUGUAGGCCAGUUCUGCCACGGUCAUGGUAUCAAGCUGGUGGUGGCAGACACCCGGGGCCUCUUUGGCCAGCUGUUCUGCGACUUUGGGGAGGAGAUGAUUCUGACAGAUGCCAAUGGGGAGCAGCCACUUAGUGCCAUGGUCUCCAUGGUGACCAAGGACAAUCCUGGUGUGGUCACCUGCCUGGACGAGGCCCGGCAUGGCUUUGAAAGUGGCGACUUUGUCACUUUCACUGAGGUACAAGGCAUGAGUGAACUCAAUGGCAUAUCACCCAUGGAGAUCAAGGUCCUAGGUCCAUAUACCUUCAGCAUCUGUGACACGGCCAGAUUCUCUGACUACAUCCGAGGUGGGAUCGUCACCCAGGUCAAAGUACCGAAGAAGAUCAGCUUUAAAUCACUACCUGUAUCCCUGGCUGAGCCAGAAUUUGUGAUGACAGAUUUUGCCAAGUUUUCUCGCCCUGCCCACCUCCAUGUGGCCUUUCAGGCCCUGCACCAGUUCUAUAGCCAGCGAGGGCGGCUGCCCCACCCUCAGAAUCAGUUGGAUGCAGCUGAGAUGGUCAGCCUGGCACAGGGGAUUAAGGAAGCCGCCUCAUCUGGACUACUGCAGGAAGACCUGGAUGAGGAGCUGGUACGGCAGUUGGCCUACAUGGCAGCUGGAGACCUGGCCCCUAUCAAUGCUUUCAUUGGGGGCCUGGCUGCCCAAGAAGUCAUGAAGGCUUGCUCGGGAAAGUUCAUGCCCAUCAUGCAGUGGCUUUACUUCGAUGCUCUGGAGUGUCUGCCGGAGGACAGAGAGACCCUGACAGAAGACAAUUGUCGUCCGCGGCAGACACGUUAUGAUGGGCAAGUGGCUGUGUUUGGCUCCCAUCUGCAGGAGAAGCUUGGCAAGCAGAGGUACUUCCUGGUCGGGGCAGGGGCCAUUGGCUGUGAGCUGCUCAAGAACUUCGCCAUGAUAGGCCUGGGCUGUGGGGACAGCGGAGAGGUCAUUGUAACAGACAUGGACACUAUUGAGAAGUCCAACCUCAACCGGCAAUUCCUCUUCCGACCCUGGGAUGUCACGAAGCUCAAGUCUGACACGGCAGCUGCCGCCGUUCGCCAAAUGAAUCCACAGAUACAUGUGACGAGUCACCAGAACCGUGUGGGGCCUGACACUGAGCGGAUUUAUGAUGAUGACUUCUUCCAGGCCCUGGAUGGUGUGACCAAUGCCUUGGACAAUGUUGAUGCACGCAUGUAUAUGGACCGUCGCUGCGUGUACUACCGGAAGCCUCUGCUGGAGUCAGGAACCCUGGGGACCAAGGGCAACGUCCAGGUGGUGAUCCCUUUCCUCACCGAGUCUUAUAGUUCAAGCCAAGACCCUCCAGAAAAAUCAAUCCCCAUCUGUACCCUCAAGAACUUCCCCAAUGCCAUUGAGCACACACUGCAGUGGGCCCGGGAUGAGUUUGAAGGCCUCUUCAAGCAGCCAGCAGAGAGCGUCAAUCAGUACCUCACAGACCCAAAGUUCGUGGAGCGAACACUGCGACUGGCAGGGACACAGCCCCUGGAGGUGCUGGAGGCCGUGCAACGGAGUUUGGUGCUACAGCGCCCCCGUAGCUGGGCUGAUUGUGUGGCCUGGGCUUGCCUCCACUGGCAUGCUCAAUAUGCCAACAACAUCCGUCAACUCUUGCACAACUUCCCUCCUGAGCAGCUGACAAGCUCUGGUGCCCCCUUCUGGUCUGGACCCAAAAGAUGUCCUCAUCCCCUCACCUUCGAUGUCCACAAUCCCCUGCAUCUGGAUUACAUCAUGGCGGCUGCCAACCUGUUUGCUCAGACGUAUGGGCUGGUGGGCUCUCGGGACAGAGCAGCUGUGGCUACACUUCUCCAAACCGUGCACAUCCCAGAAUUUACUCCCAAGUCUGGCGUCAAGAUCCACGUCUCUGACCAGGAGCUACAGAGUGCCAAUACCUCUGUUGAUGACAGCCGACUAGAAGAAUUGAAGGCCACGCUUCCGAGCCCAGAGAAGCUGUCUGGAUUCAAGAUGUAUCCCAUUGAUUUUGAGAAGGAUGAUGACAAUAACUUCCACAUGGAUUUCAUUGUGGCAGCCUCCAACCUUAGGGCUGAGAACUAUGACAUUCCCCCUGCUGACCGGCACAAGAGCAAGCUGAUUGCUGGGAAAAUCAUCCCAGCCAUCGCCACGACCACCGCGGCUGUGGUUGGUCUCGUGUGCCUGGAGCUGUACAAGGUGGUGCAGGGCCACCAGCGGCUUGAGGCCUACAAGAACGGCUUUCUCAACCUUGCCCUGCCAUUCUUUGGCUUCUCGGAGCCCAUUGCGGCACCCCGUCACAAGUACUAUGACCAUGAGUGGACACUGUGGGAUCGUUUUGAGGUCAAGGGACUGCACCCUGGGGGCGAGGAGAUGACCCUCAAGCAAUUCUUGGACUACUUCAAGGUGCCAGGGUUGGGGGUAAAAAGGGAAAGGAGAGGCUAUGGGAUGGGGCAAGGGGGGGGGGGGUUAGUCCCUCUGACCACGGAGUGGUUCCCUCACAGACAGAGCACAAGCUGGAGAUCACAAUGCUGUCCCAGGGUGUGUCCAUGCUCUACUCUUUUUUCAUGCCAGCUGCUAAGCUCAAGGAGCGGCUGGACCAACCGUGAGUGUUCCCAUGGCCUGCCAUGGGAAAUGGCAGGGAAGGUUGGGCCCAAGUCUGUGGGUUGGCUUGGCCUUUACCACCCUCUUUCUUACUACCCUCAUAGGAUGACUGAGAUCGUGAGCAGGGUGUCAAAGAGAAAGCUGGGCCGCCAUGUGCAAGCUUUGGUACUGGAGCUGUGCUGUAAUGACGACAGUGGUGAGGACGUGGAGGUACCCUACGUGCGCUACGCCAUCCGCUGACCCCUCUCCUGGGCCUCCCCCUCUGGGGGGCUGGGACCCCCCACCCCACCCCCUUUGCCUAGGGCACUGGAGGGCAUGACUUUGUACUGACCCCGGAAUAAAGUUAUUGACGGAAACCAAA